AUGUUCCCCCUCCUCUCUCUUCUCCCUCUCCUCCUCCUCCCCUUGUGUAUUCAAAGCUACGACUUCUCCCCCACCCUCCCCGCCUCCGCCGUUCCGGACGCCCAAAAAUCCGACUGGUGCGACUCCCACUCCUCCACCUGCGUCUCCAUCUGCGGCACCGGCAUGCCCGGCACCGACACCGACCUCCUUGGCGUUAAAGUCAACGCCUGUUCAUACAAGACGCUACAAUACGAAUGUAUCUGCAACAAGGAUAACCUCAGGCCCAAGAUGGAACUGUUUCAUUAUACCGUUCCCGGAUUAAUGUGCGAGGCGGCGUGGAAGGCGUGUAGAAAGACGAAUGAAGGCGACAAAAAAAUGGUGGGGGAGUGUGAUAACCAGAUAAGAAAAAAGUGUGGGCAUCUGAGGACAAAAGAUCAGGAGACGAAGAAUGAAGGGUUGUAUGGGUUUUUUAAACCGAUUAAGGGGGGUGGGAAGGCGGGGGGGAAGAGGAGGGGGACUUUUGAGUGA